AUGAGCAAUUCAUUACCCAAGUACAUGAAUCUGGGCGAAAAUGAAGACCCGCCAAGCUCGUCAGAAGCGCCAAGCUCAUCAGAAGCACCAAGCUCAACAGAAGCUCCAACCUCGUCAGAGUCGCUGGUGCCCUAUGUACCUAUCAUUAUACUCUUAGCUAUAGCAGUGCUAUGUGGAAUCGGUUCUCUUCUCUACCGUAUGCAGAUACUCGUAUGUACUUGGGGAUCCCCAGUUCCGCAGACCGAACAUGGCGUCGAACCUUCUGAUGAGGAAAACAGAGUUUCACGAGCUUCUCUUCCACCAGCUCAUAUUCCUCCUAGACUACCUUCUGCACGAUCUACUUCAUCCUGCUUAUCGUUCCUUUAUUAUAAUGCUGUUCGUUACCAAAAUCCAUCAAAUCCUGAAAUUCCUUCACCUCAUAGAUCAGUUUCCAUCGUUUCAAAUCCUCCUCCAGAAAUACUAAUUUUGGAUAAGAGUGAUGUACCGCAUUUGGACUUUCUUGGACAAGGAGGUUUUGGAAAUGUCCAUCUUGGCCGGUUUGGAGGACAAACCCUGGUGUUUAAAUACUCCUCACAUAUGCUGGAAAAUGAUGAACAGCUUCUCAAUGAAGUCGAAAUAAUGCAGAGUUUGAAUCAUCCUCACGUUUUGAAAUUGAUUGGAGCAGUUAUCGGUGAUGAUGGUUCCUCCCUUGUAGCAGUGAUUUUUGAGUUCAUGAAAUAUGGGGAUCUCUGUAAUAUUAUUUGGAAAAAAACCUACAAUCUCUCACAGGAAAUUCUAAUCCGAAUGUGCCGGGAUAUUGCUAGUGGCAUGGAGUACCUAGCGGAAAAUGGAAUCGUUCAUCGAGAUCUGGCAUGCAGGAAUUGCCUCGUCGACAGCGCAUUUACCAUCAAAAUUGCCGAUUUUGGGCUAUCCGGAUAUCAACAAGGAGACCUGAGAGCAGCCGAGCGUUGGAUGGCGCCAGAGUGUACUGAUCUUGCAUUUUCUGAAAAAUCAGAUGUGUGGUCUUACGGUGUAGUUCUUUGGGAAAUUUACAGCGGAGGCAUGAUGCCAUACGGUGACAAGAACUUGUAUGAGGCUAACAAGUUUGUUCGAGAUGGAGGCACUCUAGAAAUCGAAAACGAAAACUGCCCUGAGCACAUCAAACGUAUUGCGGAAUCUUGUUGGAGAUGGAAUCCAGAGGAACGGCCGACUUUUUCUCAAAUCUUGAGUUUAUUUCAACCAGCAACGAGCCUCUGA